AUGGCUGCCGACAAGGCCGCCGUCGCCUCGGGCGUCGACCAAGGUGAUGAUGGCCUGAGAAAACGUCACGCCUCAACUCCCACCAUCGUCCACCCCGCGCAACCUGAUGAUACUAAGAAGACGGCUAAGAAGGAGAAGGGUCUCCUUGACAUCUGGAACGAUUGGGAAUCCAUAAUCGCCCCCAUCCUCUUCACCAUCGCAGCCUUCGGAACUCGCCUCUGGAAGAUUGGCCUCAGCGACAUUGUGACGUGGGACGAGGCCCAUUUUGGCAAGUUCGGAAGCUACUACAUCAAGCAUGAAUACUACUUCGACGUUCACCCUCCCCUCGGCAAGAUGCUCGUCGGCCUCUCGGGUGUCUUGGCCGGAUACAAUGGAUCCUUCGAAUUCAAGUCUGGCGAAAAGUACCCCGAGGACGUCGACUUUGCCUUUAUGCGUGCCUUCAAUGCUCUGUUUGGCAUUGCCUGCAUCCCCCUGGCCUACUUCACCGCUCGUGAGCUCAAAUUGCGCCGUCCCGCCGUCUGGCUGGUGACGCUCAUGGUCCUUUGCGAGAACUCGUACACCACCAUUAGCCGAUUCAUCCUGCUCGACUCCAUGCUCCUCUUCGGGACCGUCCUGACCGUCUUCUGCUGGGCCAAGUUCCACAACCAGCGUUACAACAGUUUCGAGCCCGAGUGGUUCUUCUGGCUGUUCAUGACGGGCUUCAGCAUUGGCUGCGUCUGCAGUGUCAAGCUUGUUGGUCUCUUCGUCACCGCCAUGGUUGGCAUCUACACCAUCGAGGAUCUUUGGGCCAAGUUUGGCGACACCAGGAUGCCAGUGUCCACCCUCUCGGCUCACUUCAUUUUCCGUGUCCUCGGCCUCAUCGUCCUCCCCUUCCUCAUCUACAUGCUGUCGUUUGCUCUCCACUUUGCCAUCCUCGACCGCAGUGGUCCUGGUGAUGCCCAGAUGAGCUCCCUGUUCCAGGCCAACCUGAAGGGAACCAAUGUUGGAAAGGAUAGCCCCCUCGAACUUGCCUACGGAUCCCGCGCUACCAUCAAGAACAUGGGAUACGGCGGCGGUCUCUUACACUCCCACGUCCAGACGUACCCGGAGGGCUCCCAGCAGCAGCAGGUCACCUGCUACCAUCACAAGGACACCAACAACGACUGGUUCUUCUACCCUACCCGUCACGAGCCCGCCUACGACCCCGAGUCUGAUGACAUCCGCUACCUCGCCGACGGCUCGACCAUACGCCUCAUCCACGCCCAGACCGGCCGCAACCUGCACUCCCACCAGAUCGGUGCGCCCGUCACCAAGGUCGACUGGGAAGUUUCCGGCUACGGCAACCUGACUAUCGGCGACGAUAAGGACCACUGGGUGGUUGAGGUUAUCCGCGACUCGGCUUCCCGCGACCGCAGCCGCAUCCGUACCCUGACUACGGCCUUCCGCCUCAAGAACCCCGUCCUGGGCUGCUACCUCCGCGCUGGAAACACCAACCUUCCCCAGUGGGGUUUCAAGCAGAUUGAGGUGACGUGCACCAAGGACAACAACCCUCGCGAUGCCUACACCCACUGGAACGUCGAGUCGCACAUCAACGCUAAGCUGCCUCCUAGCGACCCCGGUGUCUACAAGUCGCCCUUCUUCCACGACUUCGUCCACCUGAAUGUCGCCAUGAUGACAUCGAACAACGCCCUGGUCCCUGACCCCGACAAGCAGGACGACCUGGCCUCCAAGUGGUGGCAGUGGCCCAUUCUGCACGUCGGCCUCCGCAUGUGCGGUUGGGACGAUAACAUUGUCAAGUACUUUUUGCUCGGCAACCCCUUUGUCUACUGGGCCUCGACGGCGUCUCUUGGCAUCGUAGGCCUCGUGGUGGUGUGGUACCUGCUCCGCUGGCAGCGUGGCUUCGACGACCUCAACGACACCGAGAUUGAUCGGAUUCACUACUCGGCCCUGUACCCCAUCGCCGGCUGGGUCCUGCACUACCUCCCCUUCGUCAUCAUGGCCCGUGUCACCUACGUGCACCACUACUACCCUGCUCUGUACUUUGCCAUCCUGACCCUGGGCUUCCUGGUCGACUGGGCCAUGAGGAACCGACACGCCGUGAUCCAGACCGUUGUCUACGCCGUCCUAUACUCGGUCAUCACGGGUCUCUACAUUCUCUUCAUCCCCAUCUGCUGGGGAAUGACUGGCCCCAACAAGCAGUACAGCUACCUCAAGUGGUUCGACACUUGGAGGAUUAGCGACUAA